AUGGUUUUGCAUAAUCUCUGUUGGAUCUACUUCAUCAUUGCAGUAUGCUCUACCGCCUUUGCAUAUGAAAGCUACCCGCCAGAAAUAACGCCUUUCAGCGUACCUGCUUUAGAACCGAGACAGGUCCUCUCUCAGGAAUUUGUGGGAUAUUUCAAUCAGCCAGGCUCUAAUGAUUACACAACAUGGAAUUGCCCUGAAGGGUUUGGUCCAGGGUACACUUGGUGUACCUUUGGCAGUUACGGAGGGUGCCAGGCCACCUCAUUGGGAGGGGUUUGUAAUCCUUAUACGGCCUGUGGGGCUUCAAAUGUUAUUAAAAAUCCUAGUACAUCAGCCACCUGUACGGGAAAUGCUUACCCUACAUGCGUCACGGACCGCAUAUUUGAAAGUUACGGGGUGGCAUCCUUCGUAACCUGGAUUGUCUGUGGAGCAAGGCAGUACGAUCUGUACCGGGCCUCUCCAACAGCACGCCCUGCUUCGCAAGGGACGAGCGGAAGUUCAACCAGCGCCCUCCCGUCGCAGCCAACCUUGUCGGAUUCGUCGGCGAUUCCAACUACCACAAAGGCCUCAGCAUCUUCAACUCGCAAGAGCCCGGCGUGGGUUUUGGGUGUAAUCGUAGCCUGUAUAGUCAUCGUUCUGUGCUGCUAG